UCAAUCACAAAAAGAAAAUUUACUCCGAUUCAAAUUUGUCCUUCAGAAUUCGACUUUUAAUACAGAGAAGAAAAUGGUACUCAAAUAGGAUUAUUUUAUCUAAAUCAAAAAUGUCGACUGGAAAUGCAAGCAAACAUGACGUUGGGAAAUCAUCCACAAACCAGAAUUCCUUUCUAAUCUCUGCUUCAAGUAGAAUUCUCCAAGAUCUUUCUGACGUAUACAUCAAUCCAUUAGAAUCUGUUUCCGUGGAUGCUGAUUCUCCGCGUUUCCAAAUCGAUUCGAGCAAUGAAACUCCUAAUAAAUAUCCGAACGCGCCACAGUCUUCUCCUAUCGACGUACAAAACAAUACAGACAUUUCUGUUUUUAAUGAAGAACUUAUGAAAUGCCUAAGCAACCUUCCAGUGAUAUUAUUGCCUUCAGAAGAAAGUAAUGACUCCUUUGAAAUGCCAGUAUUUCAUACAGAAGAUGAUACAAGAAGUUAUUUGGAAGCUACCAAAUCUGCAGAGUCAGAAGUAGUAUCAGAUAAUUGUAAAGUGUUUGAAGAACAUUACGAAAAGUACAACGGGAAUCGUUCGGUCGAGUCCAGUUAUGUUAUAUGGAAUAGAUCAGAACAUCUUACAGAGGAAGGCAAGAGUGGAUCAACAGGAUGUUUACCUACAAAUGGCAGCGACCAGAUGGGAAAGCUAAAUUUGUUGAGAGUUAAUUCUGUUAGAGAUUUUAAUAGAGACUUCAACAGAAGAAGCACUUUCAGUGAUAACGAAUCGGUAAUUGCCAAUUGUGCCUCUGAUGUAUCCGAUAUAUCUUCAGAAGAGGAAGAAACUGCUUCAUCUGAUGGCGGUUCAAGCUGUGUAUCAAGAGAUAGAAUCGAAUUUGAGGCCCUGGCCCUUGAUUCCGCGAUCUAUCCAUCCAUUUUUAAAGGACUUCAACAUUGGAGGACACUUAGUAGAAAUAAAAGGGCACUUUCUUUGGAUGAAGUGAAUCCUUUAAAGGCCCUGCAUACUAUUGAUUUUUCCACAACCGAAUUUCAGCUGACUGUAUAAAUCAAGCUGAUUUUGCUAUUUUCGCAAUACGAAAAUACCCAGCUGUUUGAUUCAUUUUGGUUAAUUUUAAUGGAAAAAUGGGCUAUUUGCAGAAUUAAACAAAUCUUUUGUUUAAUGGAGUAUACAAAGCAAGUAUCAGUAAUUUUUUGUAUACCUUAAUUUGUGCAAGUUUUGGUUAAUUAUAGAGCUAAUUAGUUAAUUAAAUUGUGUGAAUUUCAUAUUAGAAAAAUGUUUAUGUAUUUUAAUGCAAUACAUUGAGUGAAUAUUCACUGUUUUAGUUCCGUUAAAGGAAAAAAAUAAUUUGUAUUAAUCAAAUAAAGCAUUGUAUGUUAAU